AUGCUCCGCCGUCGUGUGGCCAAGGACAAGGACGGUGUGUCCGCAUCACCGUCCCCGUCCGACUCCCGCGACAUCCCCGACUCGAAUUCGUCGGCGCCUCAGAAACCCAAAGCCGAGUCAUUCGUUACCAAACCCCGGAGUAAACGGCGCAAUGGUCUCAUCUUCGUUCUGGGUGGCCUCUUUGGAGUCCUCGUGGCCGUGCUCUUCGCCAACCAGCAGGAUGUGAUCAGUCUGGACAGCAUAAUGGAUCUGAACCUGGAGUCGUUGAUGGAUGUUAUGCCUCAGGGAUUGCUCUCAGAUGUCAAGGAGUUCACGCAACAUGAACGCGACACCGUCAACUAUGACUCCUUCUCCGUCGGUCUGCAGCUCCAAGCCGAAGGCGUCCACGCUAAACACCCCGUUGUCAUGAUCCCCGGCGUCAUCUCGACCGGUCUCGAGAGCUGGGGCACCGACGCAAACUCCCGCCAGUACUUCCGUCGCAGACUCUGGGGUAGUUGGAGCAUGAUGCGCGCGCUAGUCCUCGACAAGACCGAAUGGAAGAACCACAUCAUGCUAGAUAAGGAAACCGGCCUGGAUCCCCCCGGCAUCAAGCUCCGCGCUGCGCAGGGCUUCGAUGCCACCGACUUCUUCAUCACCGGCUACUGGAUCUGGAACAAGAUCCUUGAGAACCUCGCAACCAUCGGCUACGACCCGACCAACGCCUUCACCGCCGCCUACGACUGGCGUCUCUCGUAUCCCAACCUCGAGCGCCGUGACCAGUACUUCAGCCGACUGAAAUCCUAUAUCGAGACCGCCGUUCUCGUUGGCGGCGAAAAAGUCACCCUCGCGUCACACAGCAUGGGCUCACAGGUGGUCCUGUACUUCCUUAAAUGGGUCGAGCACCCGGACCACGGCGCCGGCGGCCGCGACUGGGUCAACAACCACAUCGCAAACUGGAUCAACAUCAGCGGAUGCAUGCUGGGAGCCGUGAAGGGCCUCACGGCCGUCCUCUCCGGCGAAAUGCGCGACACCGCCCAACUCAACGCCUUCGCCGUCUACGGCCUCGAAAAAUUCCUCUCCAAGGAAGAACGCGCCGAAAUCUUCCGCGCCAUGCCCGGCAUCAGCAGCAUGCUUCCCAAGGGCGGCGAAGCCGUCUGGGGCAACGCAACCUGGGCCCCGGACGACCAACCCAACCAGUCCCAGUCCUUCGGCACCGUGCUCAACUUCCGCGAAACCAACUCCUCCCACAGCAGCAAGAACAUGACCGUCGCCGAAAGUCUCAACUACCUCUUCGACGAAUCCGAGACCUGGUACCGCAAUCAAGUGCUAAGCAGCUACUCGCACGGCGUGGCUCACACAGCCCGCGAGGUCGAAGAAAACGAAAACAACCCCCGCACAUGGCUCAACCCCCUUGAAGCUCGGCUUCCGCUCGCCCCGGACCUCAAAAUCUACUGCUUCUACGGCGUUGGAAAACCCACCGAGCGGAGCUACUACUACCAGGAAGAACGCGACCCGCUCGUCAACCUGAACGUCAGCAUCGACACGACAGUAACUAACAACGACGGCGUCGACCACGGCGUCCUCAUGGGCGAGGGUGACGGCACCGUUAACCUCCUGAGCACGGGCUACAUGUGCGCCAAGGGCUGGCGCAUGAAACGAUACAAUCCUGCUGGAGUGCAGGUCAAGGUCUUUGAGAUGCCACAUGAACCGGAUCGUUUCUCGCCCCGUGGUGGUCCGAACACAGGCGACCACGUCGACAUUCUCGGCCGCGCAUCCCUUAACGACCUCAUUCUUCGCGUAGCAGGCGGCCAAGGAGACCAGAUCGAAGAGACGUUUUUGAUGAUGAAUGGACGAGAUAGAUGUAUUGUAAUACUGAAGAAAACGCAAAUACUUCCAAUAGGAGCAUAG